UGCCGGCAGUUUAGAACUCAUAGUCGAACCCCAGUUUAUUUAUUUGGAUCAGUGGUUGUUCCAGAACACAGCGCGCAUGAUUAUCGUGCAAGAGCUUGGGCACUAGUGUUUUUGUUCAAAAUUUUUCGAGCAAAAUUUGAAAGUUUACAACUUGAAAUAAAUGCCUUUGUUUAAAAGAAAAGGGAAGGUUCCUCCACGGAAUAUAGAGGCCGGAGCCUCGACAAUAAAGACAAAAGAUCUAGAUGAUACGGACAGAGAAAGUGGAAUAAUUAAACUAAACCUAGGGGACAAUAAGUUGGUUUUUGAAGAUGGAGUAUGGACAUCAGAAAGUACAGGUGUUGGUGGAGGUCGCAGUAGUGGUGCCGAAGUACGUAAAUUAAAAGAACAAAAUCUACAGCUGAAAGAGGAAAACAAUCUACUACAAUAUAAGAUUGAAAUACUUUUAGAUAUGCUUGCAGCAAACAAAGCAGACCUAAUGGUACUUGAGGAGGAAGUUGAAGUUCUAACAAAGCAAAAAAGCACAAGAGUCCAAUGAAAAAUUCUUGACACAAGAAGUUUG